CACGGCGCGCCGCGGACCAGACAGGUGGCGGCGCGGGGUGGCCCAGGCUGGUGGCCGUGCUGCUCCUGUCUGGUGUGAACGCGUGCCUGCUGAACGUCACGGGCUUCUUCAUGACGCGCUACACAAGCGCAGUGACGUUGCAGGUAUUGGGCGUCGUCAAGAGCUGCCUCGGCAUCGUCGCAUCCGUGGCCGUCCUCGGGAACCCGCUGCACGCCGGCCAACUCGUGGGGGCCGCCGUGUGCUUCCUGGGGGUGUGGCUCUACGAGCGAAAGGGCGGCACCAGCAGCAGUUCCGCUCCGGUGGCCCCACUGAUGCCCACAGGGAAGGGGAGAUAGGAGCGCGCUGCUCGCUCAUUAUCGUGUUUGGUGUUCUAUAGGCGCACAUAUUCCACGCCGCAGGCUGACAACCUCAGUGGGUCGCGAAUGCUUUUUAUUCGUAGGUGUAGUUCCGUUCAGCCAUUGUAGUACCGCGCGCGUCGGGUGCGCCUUGCAUGCGAUCUGCUACUGUACAGGGCCUCCCUUGCAUCCGGGGGGCAGGGCACCCAGCCUGGAUGGUUGACGCCCACGCUGUGAGCUGAGCACGCAACUAGUAGGUUGCAUAAAAGCAUUGUACGGUAGAGAGGAGAGCAGCGAAGCGGCCCGGCCUCGUCUUGCGUGCCCCGGCCUGGCACCUGGCAUGCCUGGGCGUCGUGCGCUGCCUGCGGCACCUUGCUGGGCGGGCCGAGCGGCAUCGGCAAAGUGCAGGCCGCCUCUCCGGGCGCGCUCCGCUUCGGGCGCCUUCGCGCGGCGGGGGCGCUCGAGGUCGGCAAGCUGAGAGCAGCGAAGCGGAAAAACGUCGGAUGCCAGGCAGUGGGCACCAGCACCAACACAGGGGGCGUCUUCGCCGGUCGGGCAAUCGUCGAUGCUGGUUUGUUGCCAGCCUCUGAGACUCCCAAGGAGCACCCAACAGGAAC